CAGCUGCACGAGAAGCAGAUCAGCGACAUGCAGAUGUCGGCGGACGGCACGCACCUCAUCACCGCAUCCACAGAUCGCACCGCAAAGCUGGUGGACACGCAGACGUUUGAGGUGCUCAAGGAGUACAAGAGCGCGGCGCCCAUCAACAGCGCGGCGCUGUCACCCAUCUUUGACCACGUGCUCAUCGGGGGAGGGCAGGACGCCGCGGCGGUGACCACCACCGCGGCCAAGGCGGGCUACUUUGAGGCCCGCUUCUUCCACAAGGUCUUCUGCGAGGAGUUUGCCAACGCGCGCGGCCACUUCUCCCCCAUCAACUCUGUGGCCUUCAGCCCAGACGGCACCGCCUUUGUGACGGGCGCGGAGGAGGGCAACGUGCGGCUGCACCACUUUGAU